AUGUCUCAUAAUGUUCCUAUCAAAUAAGUUUGAUCCUCUCAAACCAUUCUAUAUAAAUAAGAAAGUAUUGUUCUUUCUGUUCCUCCAUCAUCACCAUGACUAGAAAGAAGGUGAAACUAGCCUAUAUAGUCAACGACUCAGCGAGGAAGGCGACAUUCAAGAAAAGGAAGAAAGGUCUAAUGAAAAAGGUUAGUGAGCUUAGUACCCUUUGCGGAAUUGAUGCUUGUGCUAUAAUUUACAGCCCUUACGAAUCUCAACCCGAGGUUUGGCCAUCAUCAAUAGGAGUCCAAAGGGUGCUUUCAAAGUUCCGAAGAAUGCCAGAAUUGGAACAAAGCAAAAAGAUGGUGAAUCAAGAGAGUUUUUUGAGGCAGAGGAUUCAAAAGGUGAAAGAUCAAUUAACAAAACAAAGAAAAGAUAAUCGAGAAAAAGAAAUGACUCAAUUAAUGUUUCAAUAUCUUGGUGAUGAUAAAACUAUGCAAAAUAUAAGUAUGCUUGAUUUGAACGAUAUGGCAUGGUUGAUUGAUCAAUAUUUGAAAGAUAUUAAUAGAAGGGUUGGAAUGUUGAGUAAGAAUGGUCAAGGUCAAUCUCAAAUGGUAGCACCAACAAUGGUGACUAAUGGUGUGGCUAAGAUUGAAGAUAGUGGACAAGGGAGUUAUGGUAGUCAUGUUUUGGAUAUGAAUAUGGAUGUUAUGCAAAACCAUCAUUGGUUUAUGAAUUUGAUGAAUAAUAGUGUUGGUGAUGAGGCACCACCUCCUUUGGGAGAUGUUAAUCAACAAAAUGGAUUUUGGCCAAAUCCAUUUUUUCAUUGAAGAAUCAUUUGUUGUUUACCAUUGUGUUUUGAAAAUAAGUGACCUUGGAUUGAUCCAUGGUCUAGGAUUUUUGUAUGUGUGUUUAAUGUUUCACCACUUUUGAAUCUAUCUUGUUUA